CGGGAUAUCCACAGCUCUUACUGGCUGUUUAACGACACUUCAGCAUGGGUGUAUGCUGACAUUCUGGUUCCCUCCGUUCAACAUCAACUUUAAUAACUCGAGCUCACUUAUGAAAACUUAUGGGAUCAUAUCAAACUCGUAUCAUUCCCAGACAAAAUGGCAUCCAAUACGAAAACAUGUUUUGUUGAGCGCAAGGACGCCAUUCAGGUCCACGAUCACUGUCCCGAGCGGCCCUAUGUUGAGUUGGAAGUGCCGCAAGAUGCAAAGAGAGUCACUGCAGUUACUUUCGGUGGCAUAUCUCGCGAUCAAGGCUGGGCAGACAGAUCAGAAGCAGUUUCUUUCACCUGGUGGGACGCUUCAGUAAAGCGUCCUGAAGGCCGUGGAGAUCUACGCACGAUUACUGUACUCAAUAACCGUCUUGCAAACGAUGAGCCCCAGAACUGGUCUGAUCGAUGGACUGUUUUUCAUGGGCCAAGACGGCGACUCUGGAUUGAAGCCCUGCGACCAGGCGAUAUUAUUCAGUUGAUUCCUCGAGCUAUGUAUAUGGCAUGGGUGAAUAUCAUCGACGAGGGAAGCAUCAAGAUUGAAUACGAACCUAAGGAGUUGGAGGAAGAACUCCAAGGCCUGCAACUAACCUCAAAUGCUUCGCAUUAUUCCGGGGCGUUGAGUGUUGAGAGGCAGGAUAUCCGGCUUCUUCACGUUGAGCCAGGGACUUUUGAUGACCCGAUCAGAUGUUCCUUUCGCGUGGCAAGCCUGAAGGAAGUCGAGGCCAAAGGGAUCGACUUCCACGCACUGUCGUAUUGCUGGGGAGAUCCUACCGAGCGAGAGGAGAUUUUCUUAUCGAAAGAAGGUGACUUCGACAAUGAAAAAGAGGGGAUGUCCUUUAGUAUCGGAAAGUCUGCUGCCCAGGCUCUGCGCCGCUUGAGACUAGAGAGAGAAACUUUGGUCAUUUGGAUCGAUGCUGUGUGUAUCAACCAGGAUGAUCUUGUAGAAAGAGCACAACAGGUUACGCUCAUGAGUCAAAUUUACUCUUUGGCCUCCGUCGUUCAUAUCUGGCUUGGAGAGGAUAACCACGGCGUUGAAGCUUGCUUGAAGCUUAUCCGAGAUAUCUGCAACUCAAACUCCGGACUAUGUCAAGGCGGUGAACAAUGCUCAUGCGCUGGAACAGCCCACUCAGCUCCCCUUGAAGAGGUUAGGGCGUAUGAGCAAAGCAAGAAGAAUGAGGGUAAGGCUAUCUCAUUCAAGGGGAUGUUGGAAGUCUUCGACAUCCACUUGAAGACUUGGACAAGGGAGAUCAUAGACCUUGCGGGCUGGUAUGGGAACACGCAACUAUCGUUCCUCAUGAGCACUCUCUAUGAGAACCCAUGGUUCACGAGAGUAUGGGUUAUCCAGGAAGCUCUAUCAGCAAAACAACCCUUCAUUCACUGCUCGGGGGAGCAGGUCCCCUGGGAAGAAGUGGUGCAAGUCAGCAACUGGCUUGAGAAUCCUGGAUACUCCAGCCAAAACCCCCAUAUUGUCUCACAGCAGAUUUCCAUGGCGGCUAUUUGGAAGACUUUGAAACCAAAGGGAAAGACUACGGAGGUUCCGACUACUCCAAUCGAAACACAGGACACGAACGAGUUAUCGAGUAUUUUAGAAGUGUUUCUUUCGGGCCUGGAUCUCAAAGCAACCGAUCCUCGGGAUAAACUGUUUGCUUUACUGACCUUUGCGAAUGAGACGCAUGAUACUACGAAGUUGGAUGACUUGAUUCGACCUAACUACGACAAGUCCAAGGAGAGAGUAUUUGCUGACUUUACGCGCUGGUGGAUCCGAGAGCACAACUCAGUGGCUAUCUUGUCGUCUAUCCAUUGUCAACCAUCACGAACUUGGGUCAAGAUUCUGGGGUCCGAAGCCCAAGAUCCAGUGUCGAACCGACCAACUUGGUCUGUUGACAGCAGAGGAAGCUCAAGACGGACGCAGGCCAAUUUGAACGCCCGCUUCAAAUUCAAAGCAGCAGGCGAAACAAAGCCAGACCUUGACCUCCUCAAAACCGACGAUCCUCUUGUUCUUCGACUUUCAGGUCUUCAUAUUACCAAGAUCAAGAACAUUAGCCACGCACCUAUCGAGUACAUAUACCCUUACCAAAGCCCUGUCGAAAAGCAAAGCGAAUUAUCUCAAGUCUUCGAUAAGAUCUUCGACCCCUGUGCCCUGUCACCAUUCUGGUCAAGAAACCAGAGUCCAGAUGGCUUCAAAACAGAAAGCAAUGAGACAUGCAACAUGAAAUACCUUGACCAUAUGCGCUCUCACUGGAACUACCGUGCGCGAGAACCACUCGAAGUGUUGAAGCCAAGCGCCGGCAAAGAGUUGGAGCACUACAAGACGAAUAAGCUUCCAACAUGCAUGGAACCUUGUUUCUUUGCCACGACUUCGGGGUUGUUUGGAUUGUGCCCUUGGCGAUCGAAGGAGGGAGAUGUGAUCGUGUUGCUUGAUGGAGGUAAUGUGCCUUAUUUGCUGAGGCCUGUUAGUGAGCAGAAGUUUGAGUUGGUUGGUGAGUGUUUUGUACAGGGGAUUAUGCAUGGGGAGAUAUUGGGGGGGUUGGCGAAGCUUGGGGACGGGCUUGGGAAGAGGCAGGUUUUCAGUAUCGUUUGA